CUGUCUUCUAGUUAGUAGUUAGAUAGAACCGCGAGUAGUCGCUUGCGCAACUGUGAAAUAAAGCACUGACAACAUCCAGUAUGAAGUUCAUCACAUAUAUAAUCUUAUUUGGAGCCAUUGCGUUGAGUGAAUCCUCCAUAAUCCCCAGCUACAAAGAUAUAUACUUAUUAGACAAACCGUCUUCAAAUGUGUACAUAUCUCUACUACCAAUGGAAAACAGAAUAGAAAAAGAGCCUAAGGAAUUGAAUAUUUUACGUCAACAAAUGGACGAGGUUAUGAAGAGUAUGUGCGAGCAAGAUGUUAAGUCGGGUGAAAUGGCGUCAGACUGGUCUAUUUGCGUUAUAAAAACGGUGACUUCGUUUAUUGGCUGUAUGCAUGUGGAUACAGAUUUAAAAGAUACCGCGGAAGCCGAUUUUCUGAAAUGCCUGAGCCAAGCGCUGUCCGUCUUCGUAAAGUGUCUUGUAUGGAGACCAGAGUCUGCAGUACUAGAUAAGUACUCUCCUAAUGUGGUUAUGCAUGAGAAAUAGUUGUUAUAAUUUUCGAUAUUAUUAAACAUUGUUUUAAGUAA